AUGCAAAAUCUGGGUAUCUUGAAAAUCACGGUACUCCUGCUAUUUACUCCUAACCUAUUCGUUGAAGGAAAACCUGCCGGAAAGCAAGCUAACCAAAUUAUUCAUAAUGACGGCUACAUAUCAGGGGGUCGCCUCUUUGUCGAGUACACUGGCAUCCCCUACGGAAAAGCGAAGCGAUUUGAGCUUGCGAGACCAGCACCAAAAUGGGAAGGCAUUCUUGAAGCCUCCAAGAAACCAGAGCCUUGCCCGUAUCAGGACAUGCGUUCCGGAGUCCCUCACGGAAGUGAGGAUUGUCUUUUCAUAAACGUCGCCACGCCAAAAACGCAUCCAAAAUAUCAUCUCAAGAAUCUUCCCGUCUUGGUCGUAAUUCACGGCAGCUUUAGCGAGUGGCACGACCAAGGGGGACACUUUAACGGGGCCAAGUACUUUCUGGAUGAAGACGUCGUCCUCGUGUCAUUCAACUAUCGACUGGGACCCUUGGGAUUUCUGAGCACAUCGGAUGAAACAAUCCCUGCCAACUUGGGCCUUAAAGAUCAAGUCCUAGCGUUGAAGUGGGUACAAAAGAAUAUUUGGCUUUUUGGCGGUGACCCUGGUCAGGUGACGCUACUCGGACAUGGUUCCGGUGCGGCGGCAGUUCAUUACCACGUCCUCUCCCCCAUGAGUAAAGGUAGUCAGCCCAUCCCAAUUUACAGGCCAAUGAAUUUUUCAAAACAAAUACGUAAGACUUUUCACCAUAAUUUGGGCAUAGGUCUCUUUCACAAGGGGAUCUUGCAGAGCGGAAACUCUCUCUGUCCGUGGUCCUUUGUGGAUGAUCCGGAAAAGACAUUUAUCAAUUACGCCACCGCCAUGAACUGCUCAGAAUCUUUGGACAGCGCCCCCAUCAUUGCAUGUCUUCGAGAAAAGAACGCCUCUGAACUGGUUGCUGUCAGUUCGAAAGCAAAUUACAUCUUCAAUGGGAAUCGUGAAGAAACCGGAAAUAAUGUGUACUUUGGUCCCGUGCUGGAACACUGGAUGCGUAACUUUCCAGACCGACCCUCCUUCAUUAAUCACUUUCCCCAAAAUCUAGUCGCCAACUGGUCCAAUGAAACCAUGUCCUCUGUUCCCCUUCUAAUCGGUGCGAACGAGCUGGAUGGAAUCACCCUCGACUGGGCAGAGCACGUCUCUCGCCAAUUUGAACCCAUCGAGGGUGGUUCGGUCUGGUAUGACUAUAAGCUCAAACGCUUCGGUUUAUUCUUCGGAUAUGCAAAUCGUGCUGGGAACAAGACCUCUGACGUUGAUGGAAAGGUUUUCCAGCACUACUUUGGUGACGGGGGUGAUUCGAGUGCAACUGAUACCACUGACGGAGACAAUAAUGUUAGUCCCACUGAGGCCAGCGUUUCCGGUGACGAUGAUGCCAAUUUUAGCACGACUGAGCCCAGCGGUUCCACUGAUAGCGGUAAUACUUUUAGUACGACGGAGACCACGGAUUCGAGUGGCAAUAAUUCUAGUACCACCGAGACAACUACUUCCAGUGAAGGUCCAGAUGAGACAGAAAGUCUCAGUGGGGUCGAGAUCGAUUUGGGUGACAAGUUCUUUCACGCUCUCGGACAUCGCCACUAUUUUCAGUGUACCAGAAAGGCGGCCUUAUCCCACGCCGAAAUCGCUCCAACGUUCCUCUACUACUUGACCUAUAACCGAAACGUGUCUCACCUGGACUUUUGGAUAGACAAGUAUGGACUCCCUUAUGACAUCAUAAAGCAGAAUAAAUCCCUGCUCCGCGGCGCCGUGCAUGGCGACGAGCUUCAAUACCUCUUCGACCUUGAUGAGUCCGCAGAUUUUCCCCUCAUCCGGAAAAAGUUUCGCGAAAUGAGCCUUGAAUUUUCGCAAAAUCUGGUCAAAAUCUGGAUUAAUUUUGCUCGUCAAGGAAAACCGACCGGAGACUGGGAACCUAUUUCGGGCGAGGCCAAGUGGCAGAUUUUGGGGGACACGCGCGAACCAGGGGACGUCCCGUGGAAUGGAGAUGUCGAUUUUUGGGAGAGUUUGGAUCUCGACGGGCUCCGGGAAUUGCCCCCACUUCGCGAGCUGAAUGACACUCGGAAACAUCGGACAAAACAAAAUGGGACGGAUGAAGAUGGCGAUGGAGAUGGGGACGGCGAUAAUUCAGAAUUUGAAAACAGCAAUGACAAAUAUCGCGAUAUUAUUUAUUUGGAUGGUCCAGGAGAUGAUGACGGGACUGGAGGACUGUUUAAUUUUCCUCCACUGAAAGAAUCAUAAUUAGUUAAAUAUUUAAAUAUUAAAUAUAGUUAAAUAUUCUCUAAAUAAAUGACCUCUUAACUCACUUCCUUGGUAUUACAUAAAGCGUCCCAAAGUUUCGCAUCUUGAGGGUGCGCUUACCUUUCGUAAUAUUGUAGUCGUAGAAAACUUUACUUUGAACUUACGAACCUUACCAGAGUUAGGUAUACUUUGGUUAGUUACGAAGAGGUGGUGAAAACUCCCAUUAUAAUGCUUACAUAUGUAUACAGUUUUGUCUAAUUAGCUCGUAAAAUAAAAUAUUACUCAAUCAAGUAUACAUAUAUUAAUGCAUAUGUAUGCAUGUAGCAUUAUGU